AGCCCGAGCCGGUUGUAGCAGCUGCUGCAGUUUCAGCCUCUCCCAUCCACCGAAACUUUCUCCCGCACUCCCAGCGUUUCGGACUUGAAUUCCAGACUGUAUUUUCUGCGAGUCCCGAUCCAGUGAUACCCAUGUGCUGCAAUGGUGACAUAAACUGUUGACUGAGACUGGGAAAGUCGCUGGAAAACCUUACUUUCUCGUACUUUUUUUAUGGUGCUUCUGUUGGAAUCGUCCAGGAACGUAUCCACAGCAUGAGUUUUAUCAUGAAACUUCACAGGCACUUUCAAAGGACGGUUCUUCUGCUCGCCACGUUCUGCACGGUGAGCAUCGUCAUUUCUGCCUACUACCUGUACAGCAGCUACAAACAGGAAAGCGAGCUGUCCGAGCCGGCUUCGGAUGUGGACUGCAGUGACCUCCAGCCCCUGCCUUACAGACUGCUGGAAGUGAAACCGAUGAAGCUUCUUGAUGCCUCCAGGACCGACCCCACCGUGCUGGUGUUCGUGGAGAGCCAGUAUUCAUCCCUGGGUCAAGACAUCAUCACGAUCCUGGAAUCCAGCCGAUUCCGGUAUCACGUCGAAAUUGCCCCCGGGAAGGGAGAUCUUCCGGCACUUACAGACAAAAAUAAAGGCAAAUAUAUUCUCAUUAUUUAUGAGAAUAUUUUAAAGUAUAUAAAUAUGGACUCCUGGAAUCGAAGCCUUUUAGAUAAAUACUGUGUAGAAUAUGGCGUAGGAGUCAUUGGAUUCCACAAAACCAGUGAGAAGAGUCUACAGAGCUUUCAGUUAAAAGGUUUGCCUCUCUCCAUUUAUGGAAACCUCGCAGUAAAAGAUUGUUGUGUUAACCCUCAUUCCCCAUUGCUUCGUGUGACCAAAUCUUCUAAGCUUGAGAAAGGUUCUUUACCUGGAACCGACUGGACGGUUUUUCAGAUUAAUCACUCCGCCUACCAACCAGUAAUAUUCGCCAAAGUGAAGACCCCCGAAAACCUUUUUCCUCCAGUCUCUAAAGGUGCUUUUUAUGCCACUGUCAUACAUGACCUGGGGCUUCACGAUGGAAUUCAGCGAGUUCUUUUUGGCAACAAUUUGAACUUUUGGUUGCACAAACUCAUCUUCAUAGAUGCCAUCUCCUUCUUGUCAGGGAAGAGGCUGGCAUUGUCCUUGGACAGGUACAUCCUUGUGGACAUCGAUGACAUAUUUGUGGGAAAGGAGGGCACGAGAAUGAACACCAACGAUGUAAAGGCCCUGCUUGAUACUCAGAAUCUUUUGCGUGCACAAAUCACAAAUUUUACCUUCAACCUGGGAUUUUCAGGGAAAUUUUACCACACAGGGACUGCAGAGGAAGAUGAAGGGGACGACUGUCUGCUAGGGUCCGUGGAGGAGUUCUGGUGGUUUCCGCACAUGUGGAGCCACAUGCAGCCCCACCUCUUCCACAACGAGUCGUCUCUGGUGGAGCAGAUGAUUCUCAACAAGAAAUUCGCCUUAGAACACGGCAUUCCUACGGACAUGGGCUACGCGGUGUCCCCUCAUCAUUCGGGCGUCUACCCUGUGCACGUGCAGCUCUACGAGGCCUGGAAGAAGGUCUGGAACAUUAAAAUCACCAGCACUGAAGAGUAUCCACAUCUGAAACCAGCCAGAUACCGGAGGGGCUUCAUCCACAAGAACAUCAUGGUUCUUCCAAGACAAACCUGUGGGCUUUUCACUCACACGAUUUUCUACAAAGAAUACCCAGGAGGCCCCAAAGAGCUGGACAAGAGCAUCCAAGGAGGCGAACUUUUCUUCACUGUGGUCCUCAACCCAAUCAGCAUUUUCAUGACCCACUUGUCCAACUACGGGAACGACCGGCUGGGCUUAUACACGUUUGUGAAUCUGGCCAACUUCGUGCAGAGCUGGACCAACCUGCGACUGCAGACUCUGCCCCCGAUGCAGCUGGCCCACAAGUACUUUGAGCUGUUUCCUGAUCAGAAAGACCCUCUCUGGCAGAAUCCUUGUGAUGACAAACGCCACAGAGACAUUUGGUCUAAAGAAAAAACCUGUGAUCGCUUACCAAAAUUCCUGGUAAUAGGACCUCAGAAAACUGGUACCACUGCUUUGUACUUGUUCCUGGUUAUGCAUCCUUCCAUCCUUAGUAACUCCCCCAGCCCAAAAACCUUUGAGGAGGUACAGUUCUUUAAUAGAAAUAACUACCACAGGGGGAUUGAUUGGUAUAUGGAUUUCUUCCCAGUCCCGUCGAAUGCCACCACGGACUUCCUGUUUGAGAAGAGUGCCAACUACUUCCACUCCGAGGAAGCACCUAAAAGAGCAGCCUCUCUGGUCCCCAAAGCCAAGAUCAUCACCAUUCUUAUCGACCCCUCGGACCGGGCCUACUCCUGGUACCAGCAUCAGCGAUCGCACGAGGACCCCGCCGCUCUGCAGUUCAGCUUCUACGAGGUGAUCUCGGCCGGGCCCUGGGCGCCCUCGGAGCUGCGGGCACUGCAGAAGCGCUGCCUGGUGCCGGGCCGGUACGCCAGCCACAUCGAGAGGUGGCUUGUCCACUUCCCGCCCUUUCAGUUGCUGAUUAUUGAUGGGCAACAGCUAAGAACUGACCCUGCUACAGUGAUGGAUGAAGUCCAGAAGUUUCUAGGAGUCUCUCCUCAUUAUAACUACUCGGAAGCUUUAACGUUUGAUUCGCAUAAAGGUUUCUGGUGUCAGCUAUUGGAAGAAGGUAAAACAAAAUGCCUUGGAAAGAGCAAAGGAAGGAAAUACCCUCCAAUGGAUUCUGAUAGCAGAGCAUUUCUGUCGAGCUACUACCGAGAGCACAACGUGGAGCUCUCGAAGCUGCUGCACAGACUGGGGCAGCCGCUGCCGUCCUGGCUCAGACAGGAGCUGCAGAAGGUGAGAUAGCACUGACAGAAACUUCUGGAGACUUCAGCCGCCAUGUAAAAUGCACCUUUUCCAAAGCUUCCAGAAGCUACCAAAAGGCUGUUGAAAAUAUACCUCUUCACAUGAGAAAAAAGAACAAAGUUCCUUCCAUGUGCUGGCAUGUGGAUGAUUAGAAAAAAAGAAAAAGUGUGUUACAAGCCUUGAGGCCUAUGGUCUUUCUCUUAACCCAUACCUGAGCCCGUGGGAGUAUCGUAGACUACUGUGCACUUACGUAUAUUAAAUGCAGAACUGUCCCAUUUCAUAGUAAUACUUACACUUUUAUGUAUCAGCUAAGAUUGUGUCUCUGUAGAUUUUUAGACUGCUGUUUGCCUGUACAAUGUUUUCUUAUUCUUUGAUUCUAUGAAGUCCUACAAAACAAGAAGCAAAAUAAACAUCACAAUGUAGC